AAGACUUUGUAUAUACGGCACAACGACUUAGUGCGAAUGUUGCACCGGAGGAUCCUGCAAUUAUAAGUCGUGCUUUAGUUGAGAUCGAAGAUCACAUUCAGCAAUGUGGAAAGUGUCUUAAGGAUUUUCCUGAGUUGCCUACUAUACACUAUAAUUUAUUGAACCAUGAUGGACAAACACGACUCUCCACAGAAGAGACAGAUUUCUCACAGGAUGAGUUGCAGCGAAUUCUUGAAGGUGUAUCCAAACUUAACGAUGAACAGCAUGCU